AUGGGUGAAAAGGAAGAGCCCCAAUAUCUAAUUACUGAAAAAAAUGAAUUUACUCCUAUUCAUGAUGAAGAGGGAUCUUCUUAUAUUAUUCAAUAUGAAAGGGAUACAGUAGAAGAUCUAAAAGUUUCGGAUUUAUUUCAUUCCCAACAUAGACGAAUUUCAAAGGUUUACCGUGGAAGAUGGGCUUAUUUCUCAUAUAUAGUUCGCGCCUUCAAUUACAUAGGAAUCGCCAUUUAUCUGGACUGGACCAUAUUUAUUAGACAUCCGGUCAACUUCCUAAUGAUAACUAUCAUUUUUACCUUUUCUAUUGUAGUGUUAUUAGCAGCUGGCAUAUAUUUAUUGAUAAAGGAUCAGAUUACCAAAACGAACAAACCAUAUGAUUAUUGGAGUUCUAAAAAAGAGUAUAUUGAUUAUUGGAAAGAAUUUAAUGAGUAUGGCGAAUUCAAACGUUGCGGCAAAAAUCAUUACUUUAAAGACAUCCGACCGAAGUGUGAUAAGUGUGAUAAGUAUGAUGGUGAAGACAGAUAUAGCUACUUAUACAAGGGAAUGAUCGAAAUGAAAUCGUUUGAAAAGAAAAUUGCUUCUAUCGAAAAGAAAGUAAUCGAGAAUGGCCUCAAGUCAAGUGAGAAAUUAGUUGAAAAUGACACUAAUCUAAGUCAAAAGGCAGCUGAAAAUGGUCCUAAUGCGAAUGAGAAGGCAGCCGAAUUUAGCGAGAAGUUUAAAGAAGAAUUAAAUUCAUUGAGAUGUAAUAAAAGUAUAAAGAUCGGCAUCGAAUUACUGGACCGUUCCGAUCCAGCAAAAAAGAAUGAAUGGCUUGACACUUUAGAAGAUGGAAUUAUAGAAUUGGCAUGUUGCUGCGAAAUAUUGGAGCAAUAUCUAUCAGAUAAAAACCUUGAGAGACUGAAGAAAAAAAUUGAUGUUUCUCUCAAAGGGCUAAAGAAUGGAAUUUACGUCUAUCAAAAAAAUUCGGAACAAUAUUUAUUGUAUUUGAAAGAUCUCAGAAAUUUAAAUAAUAAGAUUGAAGGUUUUCGCAAGAGAACAUUGAAUGAAUUUAAAGAGGAAGAUGAAGAACAUAUUAAAAAGCAAAAGAAAGAAGUCGAUGUUUCUCACCAAGGGCUAAAAAAAGAAAUUGAAAACGAUACCAAAAUCAAUACACAAAAUUCAUCGCAUUCUAAAUAUCUCAAAAUGCUAAAGGAAAAAAAUCACGAUUGCCUCGAAAAUCUAAAGAAAAUAAUUGAUAAUCCCGAACUCGAACUAGAUGAACAUCCCAAAUACGGAAGAAACGGAACCGAGUUAUUGGAUGCGAAAAUACUAGAUCGUUUAGAAACAGAAAUUAAUGGUUUCUUAGAGAAAUACGUAAAUAAGAAAAAGUCGAUUAGUCUUGAGUAUGGAAAUAAGGAAAAGUUGACAAACCUUGAGCACGAAAAUAUGGACGAUCCAAAGGAGAUUAAGAACAAAAUUUGCGCUCAGCUUAAAAGAGAAAUAGCCAAAUUAAAUGAAAAUUUUAAGAUCAUGAGAGACGGAAUGGAAUUAUUAGACGAUGAAUACUUCGAAGAUUUUGAAAGGAAAAUGAGUGGACGUUGCAAAAUCAUCGAAGAUGAAGAGAAACUUGGUGAUGAGAAACAGGAUGAUGGUCAUGUCAAAGGCUUGAAAGAUAUUUCCAAUGCUAACAUUGUGUAUAAACGUAAAAAUGAACUUAUCGACGAUAUUCACGAAAAUAUCAACGACUUGAAAAAAGCGUAUCGCUCGUGUAGCUGUAAAAAAGGACAAGAUCAUAAAGUCGAAUGUUCGAAACUAGAGGAUAUGAACGAAAUCAAAGAAUAUCUUAAAAAUACUAAAGAAAUCACCGACAUGCUUAAGGAAUAUGAUGAAGAAUAUAGAAAAGUUGACAAUAAAGGAAAACAGAGUGAACCUAAAGAUGACAAAGAAUCUAAUGAGCUUGCAGAUGAUGAAAAGCUAAAGAAUCUUGAAGCCAAUAUUAAUAAGCAAUUCAAUUCUCGACGUCAUUUGUCUACAAACCAAUCGAAUUUCACCGAAAGAACUCACGCUUUCGAAAUGGAAACUCUAGGUGAAAUAAAAGAAUACAUAAGGGAAAUUGUAGAAUAUAAUGAACUACAUAUAAAUUACGUGAUUAAAAAAAUCGAUUCAGAUCUUCGAUUCACUUCUAUCUCCGAGCUAAAUACUGAUGACGGUGGUUCAUUUUGCGGAAUGUUUUAUAAUAAGGAAAAAAAUUUUAUUGCAGUGGUUUUUAAAGGGACAACUCCAGAUAAUUAUGGAGAGUGGUUAUCUAACCUUACGUUUCAGUCUGUGGAUGCUCGAAGUUAUCUCUUCGGACAAGUUCACCGAGGAUUCUACAAUUAUCUUUUUCCAAUGGACGGAAGGAGAUAUGCUCAAACCUCGAGAAAUUUUCCUUACAAGAGAAUCAUUUAUACAAUUAAGGCUAAAGCCGACGAAAUUAGGAGCUAUUGGAAUAAAAAAGGAUUAGACAGGAAAGUAAAUUUGUGGAUAACUGGUCACUCUCUCGGAGGGGGGUUAGCAACUCUGUUCUACGCACGAUUAUUAAAAGUAGAGUUGGAUAUUUUGAAAGAUGUUUGUGAGUUACGAGAUACGGUAACGUUUGCGAGUCCUGCGGUCGGCGAUAGUCACUUUGCUGUCGAACUUAAUUUUUGUAUAAAUAAGCUCAGUGAAAAUUAUCCCCCGUUAUGGCGUUUUGUCUUGAAAAGAGAUAUCGUUCCAAAAUUGCCAUAUCGGGCUUUUAGGAAAGGGAUGAGAAAAUAUGGAUACCAUAGUAAUGUGCUAAUGAAUUAUUUUCAAGUCGGAGAGAAAGUAGUAUUCCACCUCCGCGAAUCCGGGUCUUCAUGGUUUAGAAAAUCCGACAAAGCAGAAGAACCAGAGUAUAAUCACGAGUUAGUUAAAUACAAUUACGAUCCAACUGAUAUUGAAAGCUACUUAUCAAAGCAUAAUGAUUUGGAUGCGCAUAAAAGCUUUGUUGAAAAGAUUAUUAAAAGGCUUAAUUCUUUCGCUGUAUGGGAUUUCAUCGAACAACAUGGAACAGAUGGUUACAUUGAGGCAUUGAGCGCUUACCGAGAACACAAUUUAGGAAAAAAAAUUGUCGAAUAA